AUGGCACACGGAUCCCACGAGAAACUAAACCGGCCAGUAGCCGUAAAGAAUGUUGCUACACGGCUCGUGAAAACUGAACCUUCAAAGACUUGCAACUUAGUCCGAAAGUUCAAGGAACUAGCGAGGCGAGAACUCUGGACGAAGGAAGAUCCGGGUCGUAAAGUCGACUGGGCCGACGACCGGGUGUGGGAGAAGAUCAAAAAGGAGGGCUGUUACCAUCAGGCAGACGAGAUGCUUGUCAGUUGUGGAACAGUCACAGUCGACCAGGCGGAUUCGACACGGCCCAUGGUAUUGGUGGUCUAUAACAAAAACAUCGGUAUAUAUCAAUUACCUAAGGGGCGCAAGAAUUUCGACGAGGGAUACCCCGAAGCAGCCCUGCGCGAGACCUCUGAAGAGACCGGAGUGGCCGUUCAACCAUUGCGGCUUAGAUUUGGGUCCAGAUCGACACCACCGAGGCUGGUCCCAGUGCAGACCACUGCUCGAGUAAAGUAUGGCCUCGAGGACAAGCUUACGGGUAUUACAGAGGCCCUCAAUAAGGAGAGCAUUGGUUCUAACCCCGACCCUGCUACCGGCGCCUGGAGACACAUCUACUGGUUUGCGGCGAAGCCCCUAGGGGAUACUAGACGCGACGAGAGUCGUAUGACGGAAGAAGAGGAUCGCAACAAGUUCUCAACUUUCUGGUUCUCCGAAGCAGAGGCAGUGUCUCGACUCAAGCUAGAUGAUGAAAAGUUCAUGGUCCGAAUUACAUUCGCGUACAUCCGUAACAUGACCGCAAGCGACUGGGCGAGCAAUUACGAACAAGAGGAAUAG